AUGCGCGGUUACCCGGUUUAUGCAAUGGGUUCCGAAGAUCCAGUUUGGUCUCGAAACGAAGGAAUGUCACGUGGCGUAUCACAUCAUUCAAUGGCAAAUCCAUAUGGAACUACACCAAUUAUGGGUGCAGCACAAUCACAACAACAAAUACAGUAUACCGGCGGAGCAUAUCCGACACAAACUACAGUAAUCCAUUCGACAACAAAACCUGUUGCUGAUGCUGAUAUUUAUAGGUAAGUCAUACAAGUUUGAAAAUUAUUCAAAAGUGUGUUACUUUUUUUUCUGGGGUCUCUGAUAUUCCAACCUUCUAGAAUCGCUAGAACUUUUCAUAAUUUUCGGAAUUAUAUUUAAUUUGAAACAUCAAUUCUCGUACUUCUCCUUUAAUUAAUCCAAUUUUUGAAGAGUUGGUAUUUAUGGUUGGCGGAAAAGAUUUUUGUACAUAUUCAUUUUGAUUUUGACAAUUGGAAUAGUUUUGAAUUUGGCAUUGACAUUUUGGAUUAUGUCAGUUUUGGAUUUUUCGACUGAUGGAAUUGGAGCAUUGAAAAUUAAAGAUGAUGGAAUUCGAGUUGAGGGAAGAGCACAAUUUGAUAGACCUGUUCAUUUUUCAAAACUCAGCACGUUGAAUGUAAGUUUUUUGAAAUAAAAUGGAGAUUACCGUGGUUCUAACAAAGUCUCAAAAAUAUUAAAAAAAAAAAGAAAUUUCUAAAUAAUUGCUAUUGGUCGAAUUCUUUAAAUAUCUGACAAGAGUAUCCAUGUUUUAUAAGAUCAAAAAAUUCCCUUAAAUUUUUCGAUUUUCAAAGUUUCUGAAUGUCAUAAUUUUUUUUUUAAUUGGACUCAAAUUUAAUAUUGAAAUCUGAACAAAAUGAAAACUUACGCUUUUUUGAGCUCAAAAAAUUCAAAUUUUCAACCUAAAUUACAAUGAUUAAAAACUGAUCCAAAAAAUUGGAACCUUUGGAAAAUAAUUUUGAAAUUUUCGAAUUAAUAAGCUAUUGAAAAAAAAGAUAAACAAUAUUCAAAAAAAAUAUCAAAAAAAAUCAAUUUUCAGGAUGAAACUCUAACAAUCGAUUCAUUCCGUGGUGUCAAUCUUCAAUCACGUGGCGAAAAAGGCGAAAUCGCUUCAAAAUUUUCUUUAUCACCAAGUGGAUCCGCUCAAGUAACCUGCGAUAAAUUCGAAGUUUUUGAUGAUACUCAAAAAUUAUUAUUCUUUGCUGAUUCAAAUGAAAUUGGUUUGAAACUUGAGAAUCUUCGAAUUCUUGAUGAAGGUGGAAGUGUUUUCGAAGGCGCGAUUCAAACAUCAAUUGUUCGACCACAAAGAGAUGCCGCAUUGAGUUUAGAAUCACCAACAAGAAGUGUUUCAAUUGAUGCAGCUCAAGAUAUUAAAAUUAGUACUGGAUCUGGAGAAGUUUCGGUCAAUUCAUUGUUAGAUGUUUCGUUAUCAGCAAAGCAGGUGAGAUUUGGAUAAUUGUUUCAAAAAAUCAGGAGUUUCUCAUUGAAUUUUCAUAUUUUAAGGGUGAAAUCCGACUUGAUUCUCAAAACAUCUACAUGGAAAAAUUGCAUAGAUCCGAAGGUCGAGGAACUCCUCAAACACAAGUUUGUGUUUGUCAAAAUGGUCGACUGUUUUUGGCUGCUCCAAAUGCUGAUUGUCGAGCUGAUCGAGAUAUUUGCUAUAAAUAA